AUGACCGCCAAAAGCAACUUGGAAGAUGGGGAGGAGGGCAUGGAAAACGCGAGGAACAAUUGCCAGCAGGCCUGGAAAGAUGCCAUAGAUAUGUGCUACAAUAUCCUCGGCGAGGAUGACUACGACCUUAUUAGCAGCUUUGAGAGCCCUGAACAGGUCAUUGACAGCGUCAAAGAGCUCGAAGUUCGCUAUGCUAAGAGUCCAAUUAUGAGGAUGCUGACUAGCCUUCAGCCUCAUCUCAACCGUCUACAGACCUUUGUCACGUUUCUGUUCCUUGGAUUAGGUGCCCAGAAUAUGAGCGCCGCUUGCAUUUGGGGUGCGGCCACGUUACUCAUCGAGUUGGCGAGCCAUUCGGAGCGAUCCAUGCAAGAAGUCACGGUCUUGCUCAACGAGCUUGGUCAGCAACUUGCCCUCUUUGAGAUUUACAGCAGAUGCGUCAACCUUGAGCCACACCUACUGGAAGCAUUUUUUGAUGUGCUUGUCGAUCUCAUGCUCAGCGUCGUUGGUGCAAUCAAAUACUUUCGCAAGAACGACGUCGACAGUGCAGUCCUGGCUCGCGGUUGGUCGCCCGUGCAUGAUAAAUUCCUGCUCACGCUGCGAAAUAUUACCUCCAAAGUCAAUCACUUACGAGAGUUGGUCAAGGCUCAGGGCAUUAUUCAGCUCAACGAGACGCAGAACCAAAUUGCUCACUCCUUGGCCCAGCUGCACGCUGAAAUUGACACGGUACAGGGGAGGACAACCGAAGUAGCGGCCAAACUGCCUUGCUAUUUCCUUCCCUUCCAGCGAAACUUCAACUUCUUUGGGCGCGAGGAUAUCUUGAAAAAGAUAUCUGAAAGUCUUGCACCCGCAUCCAAACCUUCCAUUCGUACUGUUGCUCUCUGGGGCAUCGGGGGCAUCGGUAAGACCCAGGUGGCACUUGAGUAUGCAAACCGCCUCGUGUUUGAUGGUGUGGAUGCUAUUCUCUGGGUUGGUUGUGAAACUGAGGCGGAAAUUGCCAAGGCAUUUACCGAGAUUGCCUCUAAGCUUGGGCUAGCUUCGUACACACCGAAGAAUACGCCGGCUGAAAACAGAUACCAUUUCCAAGCUGCCAAAUGGUUGAUGAUAUUUGACAAUGUCGAGAACGAGCAGUCUUUUGUUGGCGCCUGCCCACUCACGGGCAAUGGAAGCAUUUUGGUCACCUGCCGCAGCGAAUUCUUUGCAGCCUCUAUGGCAUCCACAUCGAUUGAGGUGCCGGCAUUCACUCCGGAAGAGAGUGGAGAAUUGCUGUUCAAGAUUCUGAGGCGUGAUGAUGCUGCGGAUGAGCGUCUUGCGGCUAUCGAGCUGGCUAAGCGGUUGGGUGGUCUUGCCCUCGCAUUGGAUAUUGUAGCUCAACAUAUUCGCUUUUCCACAAGGUUCCGCACUAUCCGCAGUUUCAUUCCCUACUACGAUCAGCACCGACUGGCUCUCUCGAAGCGUCCCACUCGGGGCAUGUCGGGGAUGUAUUACCCUAAAGACCUCUCUAUGGUCUGGCAGGCGGCUUUUGAAAAUCUGAGCCCCGAUGCGUCCAAGUUGCUGUCACUGAUUUGUUUCCUCGCCCCCGAAGGAAUCCCGCAGUCCUUACUGGAGGCAGAGAAUCUGCCGGCGCCGGGUUGGGAAGUUCUCACAUCCGAGGAGUUAUUUGACACAGCUAAGGCCGAACUACUCGACCUGGCCCUGAUUCGCAUGAACGAGGAGACAGGGGACAUAUCCAUUCAUCGCCUGACCCAAGAUGCGUACUUUGACCGUAUGAGUGAUGAGUGCCGUAUUGCCGUCUUCCGCGUCGCCCUCAUCCUUUUGAGGAUUGCUUAUCCCAAUAGAGGCUUUUCGCACUUCUAUACCCGCUGGCCUAUAUGCGAGAAGUUGCGGCAGCACGUCCUCUUUUUCCAGGAGUGGGAUACAGACUCUGAUCAGAGCACGAGAUAA